UUUACUUGAAACAACUAAUGAUUUUCUUUAUUUGCGUUUUCAGUCCGGAGCUGCUCCUGACAUGCCCAAAGUGUCUAACUGCGAAAUAUUGUGACGAAGAGUGUCAGAGUACCAGAAAAUAUGAACAAGGUGCCCUGGGCCCAUUGUGUGAUCUGUGCCCACAUACUGAAGAGCUGAAGGACAGCAUCGAGCUGAAAGUCCAGCUGCAGAAGUUGGCUAGUUACGUGAAUGAGGACAUUCUCCCUGACAGAGCCCAACUGGAGAGUCUAUACGGCAAAGCCACCUGCAACUGUUUUGCCAUCCACGAUCUGGACCUAAAAGAAAUAGGAGUUGGAGUGUACCCACAAGCCGCUAUGACUAACCACAGCUGUAAGACGAACUGCGUGGCGACGUUCCGGGGUCCCAGACUACAGAUCAGGGCUCUGGUGGACAUACAACCUGGAGAGGAGAUCUGUCACUCCUAUACUGAGAAAGGCAACGUCACUCUGGAAAGGCGAGCUGAUCUCAAGAAGUAUUUCUUCGAAUGUCAGUGUCCACACUGCUUAGAUACCGACAGGGAUGCUCUCAUGAAGUCAGUGAAGUGUCCGAGUUGUCAGGCUCAGGUGAAACCAAACUCCAAUGAACGUUACGAGAAGUGCAGUUCCUGCGGUUAUACCGACUUUAGCACGGAGUUCUACGAAGAUCUGGAAGUUUACAUACAUGUGGAGUUUGACCUUCUGUUCCGUGAGAACUGUCUGGUGGAACUGGAUAAGAUCCUCCACGCCGACAACAUCCACGUCAUACGAAUCCUGGUGGGCGCGUUCGCCGCGGCCGUGAAACUCGGGGAGUGGACCAAAGCCAUAGAGUACGGCAAAAGGCUGGAACGGGCAUUCGAGCUAUACCUGCCGCCAAACGAGCCAGAUACGGGGCAUCUGUACUACAAGAUGGGAAAAGCCUACUACCACCUGGACGACUUGGACAAUGCCCUCAUCAGCUUGAAAAAGGCCAAGAAGUUGCUGGUUAUUGCGUACGGACGUGACAGUCAGCUGGCUGACUACGCCCAGGACUGGCUGGAGUUGUGCGGGGACUAUGGCAGCAGCAGCAGCGAAGAGGACGAGUCUGAUACCAAGUCAGAGGCCGAUUGUCAAAGCUCCUGA